UUUACUUCUCGACUUAAUUUCACUUUCCCUCACGUUUGACGCAAACCGUCGCUCGCGAUUCAAAUCUAUAUCGUAUAGCGUAGGAACGUAGUCAAGGCAAUUACCAGUGCUGCAUGCUGGUCGCGGAUUGGAAGAUUCGGUGGAAGCUCGGACUCCCCUCGUUCUCGAUCGCCCGAAACUAAUAUACUUUAGGUGCUCAGUUCGCUAACAUUCUGUGCUUGCAGGUUCUCCAUCAGACUCCACCAAACAUGUCUUUCAAGAUAUCCCUCGCCGCCGGGAUCAAAUCUCAACUCGGGUCGAAGGCGCGAGCGGAAGAAGGCGAGAAAGCUCGCGAAGAAGACCGUCCCCGGAAACGAGGGCUCGCCGAAUUUUACGAAGGAGAGGAUUCCGAUGAGCGCGCAGACGACGCGACAGUCCCAGGCCGAGGCAGCUCCUUGGCCAGCUCAAAGAACGAUGCGCAUACACCUUUAGUGCCCCAAGGACCCAAGAGACAUUUCGCGGAACGAACUCGAUCUACAGUGAGCGGCCCAGGAACACUCGAGCAGGAUCCUCUACUUCCUUUUGGGGGUCCAAAUAACCCAGGGAACCGUCUCGCAAGAUCUGGACUUGGCAGUCAGCAGUCUUCUUUGACCCAGGACAAUAUUGAACCACCAGAUGCAUAUACGACAGUCGUUGCAAAAUUGUCGAACCUCCCUCCAGCAAUGGAUCAACAGGCUGUAGAGAAGGUAUUCGUAGAUUAUCCAGCACUGAAGAUCGCCCAGGUCGAAAAGAUGCCUCCGCCAGGACCCACGCAGAGAGGCCGGCCAGCCGCAGCAAUGAAGGUGACAUUCGUUCAAGAUGCUACAGCCCGCGAUCUGGACGCCGCUAUCAACAAAUUGAACGACAAGCUCUACCUUGGCCGUGGAUACUACUUGCACAUCGAUCGCUAUCUGGGCGCACUCAUGGCCAACAGGGAACACAUCAAAGAGCCCUUUGGCGCCGAGUGGAAGGAGGUAGAAGCGCCCAAGGGGGUCGCACCCACUGAGGAUAUUGGAGGGGCUACAGGACGUACCUAUUCACGCGUAGGCGAAAGGCCUCAGGAGCGACUGGUUGUGACCGUCCGUCAACCAACGGAUAUCUCCAUGCUCAGGCUCAUCCAUCAGACCAUUGAUCUUGUCAUCCAGGGAGGGCAGGAGGCCGAGGCUGCCCUAAUGAAUAUCCCUCACGUCGCAUCGGAUGAGCGAUAUGCCUUUCUCUACGACCAGAAUCAUCCAAACAACAUAUACUAUCGAUGGAGAAUGUAUCGUUUGCUAUGUCCCGAAGGGCCAAAGGAAAUCUUCAGAGGCUAUGGUGAUUGGGAAUUCCAGGGUCGCCCAUUAGAAGACGAGUUCGCCACGAAGUUGCACCAUCUCGACCCCGAUGAAGAGGACAUUGACGUAGAUGGAGGCGAAGACAUGAAUGUGGGACUUACCAAUAUGGCCACGGGGGUAUUGGAUGUCAAAUCACGCACGUACCUCAUCUGGUUAUUGAAAACCAUUCCGCCAAUGCAACCACAGGUCCAUGAAGUUGCAGGCGUCACCGCAUUCGUCCUUGACCAUUCUAAUCAAGGCAUUGACGAAAUUGUUCAGCACCUGAUUACCAACAUCUUUGAGCCAUUCUCUUUAUCAAAGACGAAGGAAAACCAUCGCCCCGACGAUCCCAGGCGCCGAAAGCAACUGCAGGACGCUUCGUUGAACGGGCUUCGUAUCGUGUCAGAUGUUGCAGAAGUAACAUCCCGAGAAGGUGGCGCCUGGAAGUACCGUGAGAGUAUCGGACAGCAACUGCUCAAACGUGGCGUAUUCGAACAUUUGGACAAGCUUCCCGGCCGCCUGGAGAUGGGCCGUGCAUCGGAAGCAGGAUUUCGAAAUGAUGUGAAUUUCGUCAUCAACACCUGGAAUGACAACGUCCUAUUCACAAGGGAUAUUGUUCAAAAAUUCCGUGAUGCAUUCAAUCUGCGUGUGCAGGAACAAGAAAAGGAAGUGGAGGCGAGGAAGCAAGCCGAGAGGAUGGAGAAGGCGAGGAAGGCACCAUCCACCUGGACGAAGACCACAGGUAUGAAUGUAUCAACCGACAAUGGCGAUGAACCAUUGAUAGACAUAGACAUAGACAUAGACGGCGGCGAUGAAGCAGGCGAUGUUGUACCAUUUCUGGAUACUAAUGAAAAUGAACAGGUACUCACAACAGAUCAGGGUCAGGGCAGUCUUCCGAGACCACCUUCUACUCCUCCCCAGGAGGAGAACCAGAAACGCUACAACCCCCCCACGCAGGAGCAAAGGCAAGCAUACCUAUCCUCGGAAAAAACUUCCGUCCAGGAGGCGACCACCAAUUCGAAGUCCCAGCCCAGUGGCUAUGGAACAAGCCCAACGUCAGGGGAGACGACGGCGGUUCGGGCUCGAAGAAGACGGCCAAGAGCGGAGGACUUCCUGGAGGACUACUGAGCUCUUCUGGCUCCACCCUGUCACCAGAUGUGGAUUCAGAUCCUCCAGGCCUCACUUUUUCGGAUGGCAGCGUAUUGGACACGGAAUCAACAGACGAAGCGGAUGAUGCACCACGUGGCGAUAUCAAGCCCGCAGAAGACGACGAUGAUGAUUCCGACUAUAGCGACAUGUUCGUUUUCAAGACCUAGGAUACAUGAGGAUGUGUGGACGCAAGUGCACUCAUGGUACUAUGUUUGAUACCCAAAAGGAUUGAGUGGCAAGGGGGGUAAUGACGGAAUGAUUGAUUGUACGUACUUUGGAAAGGUUGGAAUCACAACUCAUAAUGAAAUGAAGGUCGUCUG